GGCACAUGCAAGAUACGUUCAGGAAAAAAUGGCGACGGUGGAACUGAUGGAGGAGGAGGACGACGACACAUUUAGGUUGAGUGAGCUUAUCGCUCUCGCAGAGGCAGGAUUACAUGGGGAAGGGGAGAACGACAUAUCAAGGUUGAGUGAGUUCAUCGCACUAGCUGAGGUAGGAUUACGUGCUCAAGAGGAGGAGGAGGAGUUUAUGUCUCAGGCUGCCGAAGAGGUAGAGGCCGCUUAUUACAAGCAGAAGUGUGAUGAGGCUGAGGCUGAGGAUCAGCUAUUCUCCCAAGCUGCAGAUGAAGCAGAAUCCAAUUAUUACAAGAGAACUGUGGAAAAGUGUGAUGCAGGACAAUGCAGCAAGUGGAACGAGGUUGUCGUUGAGGAUUGCGCGAUGGAUGACUCUAAAGAUGAGUUACUUAUAGAUUGUGAUUAUGAUUGA